GGUACUGUUGCUACGCUGGUUGCUAACCGCCAUUAAACCCCCACAAAGAAUACGACGAAGAAGAAGCAGGAGGGCGUUCCGCUGAAGAGCAUACAAAUACAGUAUGGUGAAUUAUGCAGGUGGACGCGCCUCACGGUUAGAUGCUGUCAACGCUUAGCUUUUUAUCCAGAGAGUUUGUUUCCAUCGCGGACCCGGCCGUCCUUGAUGUUAGCCGUCCUGGUGCCAUCGCUGCCGGGGGAGAGGCGACAGAGGAGGCCCGGCUCGCAGACAUGGAGGCUGGCCGUCUCUGCGGAGGGAGCGAGCUGUAGGACGUGGUGAUUCCUGCGGGGGGGUGUUGGCACUCCUAGAAUGGACCCUGCACACACGGGGGGGGAUAUGUCACCUUUGUAUGUGCCGAGGAAGAGAAAAUCCGCCCAGUCACAACCUAAAGGUGGAGUGCCAUGUCCAGUUGUACAGCGACUACCGGAAAGAUCCUGUGACUUAAACUCAGUUGGAUAUCCCAAGAACGACGAGGCGGAGGCCCAACAUGCUCUGAAGAUGAAGAGAACUUAUGGCAGAAAAAGGUACGAGGACCUCCAGAGUGUUUCCAUGGGAACAGUAGAUUACCCAACCACCAGCUGCUCAGUGAUGGCAUCGGGUGGCCUGGCCAAUGGGGCGGACCCAGGGUCCAUGGCCCCGCCCACUGCAAGGCUGCCUCCAAGACUGGGGGCGAAGGAUGUGUGGCCUCAAGGCCCCGAGACCUGUAGGGAGCAGCCCCAGCCUCAUGACCACAGCUGGAACUCCAGCAGGGACAGAGGCCCCGACGCCUGGGCCCCCGGUAGAGACCGCCCGCAGGAGCAGGUCUGGAACUCUGGCAGAGACCAGACAUGGAUUCCAGGCAGGGACCGGGCCCAUACCGGACCGGACCAGGCCUGGACGACGGGCCGGGACCGAGGUCCUGAGCAGGGCUGGGCAGCCGACAGAGACCGAGGCCAGGAUCAGGCCUGGAACGCAGGCAGGGAUCCGGGAAGAGACCGGGCCUCCGCAGGGCCAGAGCAGGCGUGGAGAACUGGCCGAAGCCAAGACCAAGGCUGGAGCAACACCAGCAGGGACAGAGAACAUGUCUGGAGACCUGACUUGAACAUGAAGAGAGUCCAGAGAGUGGAGCUGGAGCGAAGCCCGCCUGUUAAUAACUUCACACAGCCACCGGAGGGCCGAGACUCUUGUUCAGAUGCAGCCAGUGUUGCCGAGGCUUCGACGGCCCCCCCCAGCGAGGAGCAGAAACCCCCCGUCCCCUCCACCAAGAAAGAGCCUCCUACCUACCCUCCAGGAAGUCAAGAGGAGCGCUGGCAGCUCCAGAUUGUGGCCAAAGGCAGAGUCACCUGUCCAAAAUGUAAAAGUGUGAGCAGGAAGACUGUGGAGGGGCUGAAGAAGCACAUGGAGAACUGCAGACUGCAACCGUUCACCUGUCAACACUGUGGGAAACAGCUGAAGUCUUCAACAGGGAUGAAGUACCACAUCAUGGCUGACCACAGCCAUCUGCCCUCAGCAGAAGAUGCCCAGGACCUGGAUGACCGUGCCAUCAAAGACAAACUGCGCAAAAUCCUGAAGAGACUGGGCAAACUAAAAUGCUCUAAAGAGGGCUGUAAUGCUGCCUUCACCAGCAUCAUGGGCUACGUGUACCACAUGAAAAAGUGUGGAAAAGAGGAGUCGGAGCUGGAGAAGAUGCUGCUCAAUUGCUCUCACUGCGGGAAAACCUACAAGUCCAAAGCCGGGCUGGAGUACCACCUGAAAUCCGAGCAUGCUCCUACGCCCCAGAAGAGUGAGGAAGACGAGGCGCAGAAGGCCCACCGGGAGGCCAACCCGGAGAGGACGGCCAGCGGCAGGGUGCAGCGAGCAUCCGCCCAGGUGGCAAACUUCCACUUGGCUGAGAUCGCCAACAACGAGCUGCCCAAAGACUGGCCCAAGAGGAAGUUUCAGUCGGACCUGGUGCCAGAUGACAAAAAGUUGAAAUACGCCCGGCCAGGCCUGCCUGCCUUCAGCCAAGAGGUGCUGCGGAAGUGGAAGAAUGAGGUGAAGCUGCAGAGGAAAGUCCAUUGUCCCAACCAGGGUUGUGGCUCCACCUACACCAGCGUGUCCGGACUGAAAGCACAUCUGGGACUCUGCACAAGGGGCGACUUUGAGGCUGGUAAAUACCGAUGUCUGAUCUGCAACAAAGAGUUUAACUCUGAAAGUGGAGUGAAAUACCACAUCAACUCUGUCCAUUCACAGGACUGGUUUGUGACGAACAAAAAGGCCUCCAAGAAAUUUGAGAAGUUCCUCAAAAGCCAGCCCAAAGAGUUUGUCCAUGAUGUGGACAAGCAGCUUGUCGAUCACUACCAGCACCACCAUCAUCAUCUCCAUCACCUCCAGCAUCCUCAUCAUCAUCAUCAGCAGCAUCACCACCACCACCACCACCACCAUCAGCAGCAGCAGCAGCAGCAUCACCAGCUCCAGCACCAACCCAUGCAGCACCCUCUGCAGCCACUGCAUCACCUCCAGCACCAGGCUCAGCUCCUCCACCCAGAGCACCAGAACCUCCAUCCGCCAGUGGACACCCAGCUCCAGCAGCACAUUAUGCACUACACCCCGUUAGAGCCUCCACCUGGACCCAUGUGGGUGGAUAUGGACCGGGGCGGGGGAGCCGUGCCGGACCCAGAGCAGGCCCCGGUGGAGACGGAUAAACCCGGAGAGGACGGUGGCGGAAUGGUGGAGGGGAAGAGGAGAGAGAAGGGGGAGAGGGGGAAGGCUGACAGGAAGCGGAAGGAGUGCUUUGCUUUCGGAGGCGGCGGCGGCGUUAGCAGUGGCAGCAGCAAUACAGGCAGCUCAUCCAGCGAAUCAGAGGUGGAGCAGCAGGACAGGCAGAGACACAUCGACCAGUGGAAUCUGAAACGGCCGGACAUCAUGGAGCCCCACCCUGAGGCUGGAAAGGAACAAAGGAACACUUAAAAUGAAAUACACCUAAAUCCACAGCGACAAUUUAAACUUACACUCGUCAUAGUCCGAGCCGAGUUCAACAAAAAGAUCCGUUCGAGCGUCUGUCCCUACUUUAUUAGCUGUGACAAUGUGACGUAGAAGAAAACAAACCGUUUUCCACAAGACGCAACAGGUGAGGGGUCAGCCGGCGACCACACGAGCUCCGAUCUGUAACUUUGAGAGUUUGAAAAGAUGACGAUGGAAACCUUCAAAAGAACCUCACGGAGCCAGCGUGGCUGUGAGACCCACUUCUGGUUUAGAGGCUGUUUCUCUGUCUUGGAAUGGUUGUCAUUGUGUAGCCUUGAGAAAUAGAAGUAUACCGUAUAUCUGUGCGUUCCUUUCACCAACUUUAAAUGUGUCUUAUUUGUAAACCCCUUCCCUGUUUUUCAUGAUUACCUUAAAGGGAAAUAGUUACUUUAACCCUAAGAGAGGCUGCUGCAGUACAGCGUUUUAUUAGACCAGUCUAGUCGCUCUGUUUCUCGCCGAAAAGAUUGUGUGCCUCUUAAGUAUGAUCUGUGUCACUUCAUACUACUCAUCAUCACUUUAACUUACAACCUCUUCUGGGCUAAACAAGAAGGGAUUCUCCUCACCCUGGCCCUUCCCUUACCAUAUUUUCAUCCGUGAGAUUUUGACUACAUUUGUUUUUUCUGACAGUGAAUGCAACUCAGCUCAUGAAUGGCAAUGGGAUGGCGAGUCUGCUGCAGCUUGAGGUGACAUCUGGGUGGGGGUCCAGUGCAGUUAAAAGAGGUUAAACAAAGCAAAUCACAUUAUGAAAGACGCAAAUCCAUGGUGAACAAGUUUAUAUUACAUAUUAAAAAUUGAAGUAAUGGUUCAACAAUUUGGAAGACAUACUCACUAGCUUAAUCUUUUGCAAAUUGCACUACAGGCUGUAGGUGGCGCCAGAGGAGCCGUAUUUUUUUAUCACCUGCUUCAUGUAGUUCUACUCGAACAUAGGGUGGGUUUUAGCAACUAUGACAGAAAGUUAGUUUUAUAAGUCUUACUGCACCUUUUAAGUACAGAACAACUGUUCAUCCAGCCACUCUGUACCUCAAGUCUCUGGUUAUGGCACAGCUGCCUCAGUAUCCGGGUUUCCAUCCACGUAUUUUUCUGCACAUUUUGAAGUAUGGCAUUAGAAAAUGUUGAUACGAACGGCAAAAUUCGAGAGAGAACAAAAACGCUUGCAUGAGGUAGUUUUUACCUUUUUCGAAAAAGAGUUAAUUGCCAAAAUGGGAAAUGGAAAAAUCUUUGCCAAAUGAGUUGUGGUGAACAUGUAACUCACAUGACUAUAGUCCCAGUGCCCAUCAGAUGGGGGAAGGAUCGGGAAAUGGGUUCAAACCGUGGCGCGGUACGCUUGUUGCGGUGCGCUAUAGCCUGAGCCUCAGCCACGUCGGAUAAAUUGAUGAUUGAUGAAUUGGUUCAACAGCUUGAAUGGUACGGCCCUGCAUACCGCACAUACACAGUGGUGAACGGUUGUCUCGCUGACGCUUAAUGUCUCCGCCACAACCCUGGAUUCUGCACAGUUGGCCAACUUGUACAAUGCUAGCUCUCUCCAUUUAGCCAAAGAUCUUCGCUUCUAAACUCUUUGAUUUAGCAAGCCGGUUUUUCAUCUACAGCCAUGCAUAACUAGCCAGGAUAUCCAGACCCAAAUCUGAAAGAUGAAGGGUCUGGCAGUGAGUAAUGAAAAUGGCCCAACUCAAGGGGCGGGCCCAAGCGUGCUUUUGAAAAUCUCACUGCACGCAAUUGGAUAACACUACGACCAAUCACAACAACACAUGUGGUGACGUGCUACCAGCGGAGCUAAUUGUCAGAUGAAAAUGUUGCCGUAUCCGGUCGGCAAAACAGCAAAAACAUCCUUCUUGUAAAGGAACGAUUCGAGCGCCGUCUUCUGUUCCUCUUUUAG